AUGCACAAGGGGGCGCCCGCAUCUGGAGACCAUUGACGGUAAUGGUUAAGUCACUCGGCCUUGCCCUCAGUUAAAAUGGCGACUUCAGCCUCUUCCCCGACUAGGAAUCGGCGGGGCAGUAGGGAGGCUUCCUGUGUCGGGCCGCAGAGCUAGUCGGGAAAUGAUUUUGAACUGUGGAGGGCGUUGAAUCGAGUUCCCGCUUCGCAGACGGGCUAGGCUCUGAUCCCUGCAGAGCUCUGGUGAAGGGGGACGGCUGGAGGCCUUAUCUUUCGUCCUUCCCUCCGUGGACAGGAGCCACCCGGGCAGGAGUGAGGGUCCAGCGCCGGGCCGCUCGAUUUCAUGUCUCCACGUAGUUUCGGAGCCAGACUCGAAGAAUGAUUCGUGAAUCCGGAAUGGAUGACAGCGUCGUCACGACAUUUUGCUGGUAGACCAUGGAUCCUUAUGAGUCGCCAGAAUUGACUCCCAGCCAGAGGUCUUCCUCAAGUCUUCAAGAUUACUUGGUAGGCACCACCCCCCUGCAGAAACGAUUGGACUCUGUUAGGAAGCUAACUUCAUUUGCCCCUACUCCAUCUCGAAGGAAGAUUCCCCCACGUUCACAGUUGCAGGAAGAUGUUGAUCUGCAUAAGAUUGCAUUUCUCCUCCAUAAACAGUGGACUUUAUAUAGCUUAACUCCCUUAUACAAAUUCUCCUACACUAAUCUCAAAGAAUAUUCUCGACUUUUAAGUGCAUUUAUUGCUGCUGAAAAGCAAAAAGGACUUGCUGUGGAAGUGGGAGAAGAUUUGAACCUCAAAGUGCUUUUCUCUACUCUCCUAGGAGUGAAAGGAACUCAGAAAGACCCUGAAGCAUUUCUUGUCCAGAUUCUCUCAAAAUCUCAACUGCCACUGGAGCACGGAGAAGGGAAGGUGUUGUGGACUGGUUGGUUCUGCUGUGUGUUUGGAGAUACCAUUCUGGAGACUGUUUCUGAAGAUUUCACCUGUCUGCCCUUAUUCCUUGCAAAUGGAGCAGAGUCAAACACAGCCUUAAUUGGAACCUGGUUUCAGAAAAACUUUGACUGUUCUUUCACUCCUUUAGCAAUCAAUGCUUUUAAUCUUUCCUGGAUGGCUGCUAUGUGGACUGCGUGCAAAAUGGACCGGUAUACAGGGGCUACUGAAUUUUUUUGGUCUGUCCCCUGUAGCCCUCAGAGUUUGGAUAUUUCUUAUGCAAUACAUCCAGAAGAUGCCAAAGCUUUGUGGGACAGUGUUCACAAAACACCUGGGGAGGUUACCCAAGAAGAAGUUGACUUAUUUAUGGACUGCCUUUAUUCACAUUUCCAUCGGCAUUUCAAAAUUCACUUAUCAGCCACAAGAUUAGUUCGUGUUUCAACAUCUGUAGCUUCAGCACAUACUGAUGGAAAAAUAAAGAUUCUGUGCCAUAAAUACCUUAUUGGUGUGUUGGCAUAUUUGACAGAACUGGCAAUUUUUCAAAUCGAGUGAGGCCUUGCAUGGACUAUAAAUUAUGGAUUAUGCACCUUUUGAUGAUUUGCUAAAUUGGUAUGCCAUGUGGGACAGCAGGAGGAAUGGUCAUGGUGCUUCUGGAGUUGCCUAAAUGGAUUUAGAACAAAGGAUGUGGUAAUGCAUGAGCCAUAGCAUGUGCUGUGUACCAGUCAUGUUGCUGUGAGAUGCUAGUCUCUAGAAAAGGCCGGGUGUGGUGGCACACACCUUUAAUGGAAGCACUUGGAAGGCCAAGAUAGGAGGAUCACUGGGAGUUCCAGGUCAGCCUGGCUAGAGCAAGACCCUACCUCGAAAACAAAACAAAAAACUGAGUUGUUAAUUUGUUGGUCAUCUUUUUUAAAAAGUCUAUAUAAUGUUUGUGUUAAACUUAGGACCCAAUUAAAUAUAUUUUAAAUUGGGUGCUUCUGAUUUAGGCCUUUAAUAUUUAUACCCCUUUUAAACAUUUUAGAUUUGCACUAAGAGAAAAAUUUUAUCUUUAUUUUUUUUUUGGAAGGAGGGUUCUUUUUUUGUCCAGUACUGGGGCUCAAACUUAGGGCCUUAUGCAUGCUGUUUCCCUAGCCCAUUUAAAAAGCUAAAACAUAGCCGGGCUUGGUGGCGCACGCCUUCAGUCCCAGCACUUGGGAGGCAGAGAUAGGAGGAUCACUUGUG